AUAUUUUUUGUUUUGUGUAUAGCGCGUCGCACAGAAAUUUGAUUAAUUUUUUUAAAAUAACUAAUAAUUGUUGCACAUUUCCCCAAAAGUCCAUGGAAAUAAAAUACAAAACGAAAAGAUGGCUGGGAAUAAAAUAGAUUAUCGAAUAAAAUUGAUGGCUGGAAAUAAUGUGAUUCUGGUGGAAGCUGAUAGCAAAGAAUCCGAGAUAUUUAUGCCACAAAUUGAUCAGAAUGGAAGAAUAACACUUCUAAAUAUUAUACCAAAUCGUCGCUGCUGUCAGUUGGCACAAAAAAUAACCGGCCAAAUCAUUAUGAAGCAGGAGAAGAGGACUUCCCUGGAUGUCAACGAUAAAGAGAAUAUGAGACCAUUGGCAAAUAGCACAGCUCUGAAAAGAGAAAAAUCCUUGGCACAUAAUGGUGGCGGCGGCGGAGACACGUUUGGAAGUAGUGCAGCUUCAUUGCCCACACCAGAACCCUUUAGAAGAGCCGCACCAGUACAAAGAUUGCAGUUGGGUGAUGAUCGUGUUAUUAACCUGCCGCGGGGUGUAAAAGUUAUGCGUCUCUAUCACAACCGUCCGGAUGGUACACCCAGCAAAGUGGGUCGUUUAAUAACUUCUUCAAGCUCCAAAUCAAAUGUUAACAGUGUUACACGUGAAGAUCUCCAUAAUAUGUCGAAUGUAUCGUGUAGCUUUAGGAUACCAUCAACGCCCAUUGGUGGCUCGAGAAGUGGAUCCGGAGUGGUGUGUUCCACACCUUUGAAUAAACAACUGAGGCCGCCACAACACAUCGAUAGUUCCAACUCGAAAUGGCGUAAAUGUAAAACCCCCAUUAGAACCUAUUCCAAGCGGGGUGGUGUAACAAAAAAGAAUACCACAGCAGAAUUUCAAAAGCCAUCAAAUUUUAAACCCACUUAUUUGGUGAAUCCCACACAAGGCACAGGGCCUUCACACCGCAUUGAGGUUCGUAAACGAAAGUUAGUGGUCGAUAAAAAGGUACGAAUUUCUUCAAGAGCUCUGAAACGUCAACAACAACAGCAACCGGCAACGAACUCGCUCCAAAAAUCCGUUCUUGGUCCUUCGAUUUCUUUUACAUCACUGCAGAAAAGACAUAAAACCCCCAUGAGUGCCUUUGACUUACUAACGAAUUCCAACCGUUCACAAUGCAUGUCCAACAAACUUAAGGAACUGUUUCGUGAACGAUGUGUCAACAAGGCCUCAUCUACUUAUAGUAAAUAUAAAGUUUUAUGUAACAUACCACCGCUACAGGAAGACGAACAGGUAUUGGAAUUGACCCAACAAUAUUCUUGCUGUAAUUCAUCUGCUGAGCAGAUGUCGGGACAGGGAGAACUUGCAAAUAGGCUGACGAAUGGACCGGAAAAGGGAGCAAAAUUAGUAAAUCCAUUCAUAAGGAAGAUUACUGUCAAUACAAAUCCAGGAACGGCGUGCCAAAUUAUAAAUCAGCCGUUAAAGCAACAGCAACAUAUACCUAAUAUCAACUCGGGAACUUUGAAACAAACAACGCAGCCCCUGCAUCAAAACCAUAAGAUUCUUAAUACCAAGCCAAAAAUUUUAAACCAAAAUCCACAGGUUUUAAAUCUGAAUCUUGGUACUCUGAAGCAGUAUAAUAAACAACAACAACAAACUACUAAUGCUCCUGUUGCCCAUUAUGUAUUGAAAACUGAUUGAAUUAGUUAAAUUUUAGUCAAAGUUAAAAGUUCGGUUUACAUUUUUAGAUUUAAGUCUUGUAACUUUUCAUAGAAUUAGAAUUAUAUAAACAUUUAUUGUUGUAGUAAGUCAAAAUUAAUAUAUUUGAAAAUAUAUGUGUAAAAUAUUUUUA